AUGGCGGCCGUAAUGCCCAGCACGGCAUACACGCCGCACCCUACCAAAAUGAUGAAGGCAGCACAGUGGAUGGGCACACGAGAAGUAGAAGUGGGAAUCGUACCCAAGCCGAAGAUCACAGACCCCGGCGACGCCAUUGUCCAAAUCACCCACUGCACGAUCUCCGGUUCAGACAUCCACCUGUACGAAGGCGAGCUCAAAGACGCAAUGGAAAAAGGCGACAUUCUCGGCCAAGAGGCAAUCGGCAUUGUAGAAGAAGUCGGGCCGGAUGUCAAAACCCUCAAUUCCGGAGACCGGGUCAUCAUCCUACCUGUCAUCUCGUGUGGCACCUGCAGCUAUUGCCAGCGACAGGAGUAUUCGCUUUGUGACAACACAAACCCAUCCAAGGAAAUGGAAGCCGCGUACGGCCACAGACUCAGCGGGAAGCUGGGGUACAGCCGGCUGUGUGGCGGGUAUCCAGGGGACCAGGCGGAGUACUGCCGUGUGCCGCAUGCGGACUUAUCAUGUGUCAGGGCGCCGGAGCAUAUCGAUGCGCGGAAAUUACUUGGCCUGACGAACGUCGUGACCACCGCUUGGCAUGCGCUGGAGUUGGCUGACAUGCAGCAAGGCGAUGUGGUGGGUGUAUGGGGUUGUGGACCGAUUGGCCUUGCUACACAGCGACUGGCGAAGCUCCGUGGAGCUAGGAAGGUGUAUGCCAUGGAUAAGGAUCCACAGCGACUUCGGAUCGCUGAGGACUUCGGCAUGACUCCUGUCGAUGUGGAUGCUCAUCCUGAUGUGGCUGAGUACAUUCUAUCAAUUCAGGACCAUGGUCUUGAUCGGUCUAUUGAGGCUAGUGGGUUCCGUAGUUCGCCGAAAACUGAGUAUCCAGCUAUGAGGGCGAUUGGGCUUGAGAAGGAUAGUAGUGAUACACUAUCGGCGAUGAUCAAGGCAACCCGUAAGGGUGGUAAUUUGGCAUUGGUUGGGGAUUUCUUCUUCAUGACACAUGAUUUCCCGAUUGGGCCUUUGAUGCAGAAAGCGCUAACAGUGCGGGGGGGUCAAACGUGGCCGCAAAAGGUGAAUUGCUUUUUUUUCUUCUUCCGGUUUGAAUUGAUAGCUUACCAGGUGCAGUAUUAUCCGUUUUUGAUGGAUCUGGUGGUGCAAGGCAAGCUUGAUACGGCGUGGAUGUUCACGUAUGUGGAUGAAUUCGAGAACAUCGCGGACAUGUACCAGAAGUUCUCGCAGCAUGAGGUCCCAGGCAAACUGAAACCUUGGCCCCCCGCGGGGAUUAGCAUCUCCACACUUCUUCAUCAAUUCUUCAUGUUCCCCCCGCCACCCAUUGCACUCGAUUGGAAUAACCUGGGCUUUAAAGUCCGGGAUGGCAACGGCCAUGUCGAAAUCCACUUCUCCAAUAGCGGUGAGAAUAAAUGGUCCGCACCGCAAUUCGUCGCCUCACCCUUCCUACCAAUACACGGGAUGGCGCCGGGCUUGAACUACGGUCAGCAAGUCUACGAAGGCCUUAAAGCCUUCCGCCACCCAGCCAAUGACAAGAUAACCAUCUUUCGCCCCGACCGCAACGCCAAGCGCAUGCAGUACUCCGCUGAAGUAGUCUCCAUCCCGCCCGUUCCGAAGGACUUGUUCAUCGAAUGCGUGCGGUUAGCAGUCGGUGCAAACGCCGAGUAUGUCCCGCCCCAUGACUCCGGCGCCGCGAUGUAUGUCCGGCCCAUGCUUUUUGGCUCCUCUGCACAGUUAGGGCUGAGUCCACCGGAUGGGUACACGUUAGCUGUAUUUGCUAUGCCAACUGGCGUAUACCACGGGGCUACUGCGGUUGAAGCACUGAUCUUGGAAGAUUUUGAUCGCUGUGCACCGCAUGGAACCGGUGCUGCUAAGGUUGGUGGAAAUUAUGCGCCAGUGUUGCGGCACAGUGACCGGGCGCGGCGGGAGGGUUUUGGAAUUACCCUUCAUUUGGAUAGUGCGACUCGCAGUGAGGUCGAUGAGUUCUCGACUUCUGCUUUCAUUGGAGUGAAGCGCGACGGAGAUCAGAUCACUGUGAUCCAGCCGGAUAGCCAGAAUGCGAUCGACUCCGUUACGGCGGCGUCGGUGCUGGAAAUUGCGCGCACGUUGGGCUACCGGGUGGAGAAGAGGCGGGUUGCUUACGAGGAGCUGCGCGAGUUCGAUGAGGUUAUUGCUGCUGGUACGGCAGCGGCGUUGGUGCCUGUAGGUAGCAUUACGAUGCAGUCCCGUGGUGAUAAAUUUGAGUACCGUUGCGGGGCUCAAAAGGAGGGUGGUGAGGUUUGCGUUAAGUUGCUGCAGACGCUUCGUGGUAUACAAUCGGGAACUAUCGAGGAUACUUUUGGUUGGAACUAUGAGGUGCAGGCACCACCGAAGGGAUGGACACAGCAAGAGCAGGAGGAGAUUGAGCUAAGCGGUGCCAAUGUCCCAUAA